ACAAAGAAGAGCGACUAAAGAAAGAGAAUAAGAAGCGGGAGCAAGAGAUUGAGGAACAACGCAAACGAGAGGAGUUGGAGCAACAAGCCAGGGAGUGACGAGCUAGGAAAAAGGAAGAGAAGAAGAAGAAGGAGGCAGAGGAUAGAGUUGUCAUGCUGAAGGGGAUGUGCAUGGAGAUGAAAUUGCAUAUGAGCGCCAUGAGCGAAGGAGUGCACGACCAGUUGCUGCAGACAAUGCUAUCAGAGGAGGCUAAAGGGAAGGCGAAGGUGCCAGACUACGAAUCGGACGACUCCGCCGGCGGCUCCGAUGAUAGCGAGAUUGAAACCCUUAGCGAGCAAGAAGAACGACUGAUCAUCCACGAGAAACACAAGCGAGGAGCUGAUGAAACCGUGGGGGGCAGCCCGCCUGUAACGACCCCCGCUAAGAGAUCUGCCAAGAGGGGAGGGAUGGAUCCGAAGAAGCUGAUGCCGAUCUGCCGCCACCAAUCGUUGAAAAAGUCGUCCCUGAGGAAGCGGACACCGGCAUCAGCGACGCUGACCAGACGACGGAAGAUCCCAGCAUCACCAAGUGUGAUGGGAAAACUGAAGUACGUUCAGGAGAAUCUGCGGGAACUAGGCGCGCUUAAUAUGGAGGAGUUAAAGACGAUGUGUCGUGGUGAGGAUGUCACUGUCGAAGGAAAGAAGAUGGACAUCAUUCUUGCGAUUACAGAGAAACGCGCCCAUACUGCCUAUGGUACCGAUGAGGACGAAGGUGUUUAGAGGACUGUGGAAGCCGAGGAUGAAAAAAAAUCGGCCAAUGAGUUUGGGGAUGAUAAGGAGAGUGAAGCAUGAAGAAACAACGACUACUGGAGGCUUUGUAGGGCCUUGGUGAUUGAGAGAAGGAGAGGAUUAUAUGAUGAAGCAGUUGAAAUAAUCUACCGUCUUAUCAUUGUGAUACUGGCAUUGAGGAACCAGAUCAGAUGGCUCACGAAGUGUGUUGACACAUGGAUUAGGUUGUAUCAGCAGAACGG